AUGUCUUCUUCGAUACCUAAAUCGUCAAUCGGGGCUCUCGCUCGAUUUAGAUGCCCAAAUUCUUCAGUUCAGUCGCGCUCAUUCUCCUCCACUACCUCCCGUUCCCUGAUCGGACCAGAAAACCCUCGAUUUAUCGAGAUUCCUACAACGAAACAACCACAAGUCACCCCCAAAAGAGACAUCAAGGGGAUCCUUCCUCCUCCUCGGAAUCUUUUUCCCACCAGAGGAAUUCCAAAAACUACAUCAGAAUACUUUGCCUCGACCAUACCGAAACCCACUGCGCAGAAGCAGACCAAGGACGAAUAUGUUACAUGGAAACGAGACCUGGCAAGUGUGAGGAGGAAGAAUUUGCGUGAAGGUCUACAUGCUCUGCACGCCAGGAAGCUUAAAUCGGAUCGUCAAGUCGCCCAUCGAAGUCUUCUAAAAACGGAAGAACGGCAAGCAAGACUUUACGCACCACAGCGGGAGGACGAACGAUUGACGAGCCCAACCGUAAGACAGGCCCUGACCAAAAUUCAACGUACGGGUCGAUUGCCAGAUCCACAAAGGGCUCAGCGGGUCGGAGCAAGCCAGGCGAGGGUAGCACGGAAGGAGGCUGCUCUAGAGGAGCAACGAAGGAAUGCCUUACACACAUUGUACAUGCAUGCCCGAACAUUCAUUUCCACAGAAAAGGAUUUGAAUGCAGAGAUUGACCGGAUUUUUGUUCCUCAGCCUUUCCAGCGUGUUCAUAACAGCCAUGAAACAAAUAUUUGGGAUGCAUUGGGGCAGCCGCCAACUGUGCAGACCAUGCUUUCGGAAUUGAACAGGACGCAGCAGAAGCUAAUCGAGCAUCACGCCGGCCCUGCACGCAUAACUGGAGGGAGAUUGAAAAAGAUUGCCGAAGAACUCACCGGUGGAAAGAUGAAUUAG